AUGUCGGAUGAAGGACAAACCACCACACACAGUAAUAUUCAGGUGGUGUGCCGGUUCAGGCCGAUGAAUGCACUUGAGAAGCAAAUAGAUGCUAGGGAGGUUGUUGAGAUUAAUCAUGAUACUUGUAAAUUAGUGAACAAGCUCGGAAAGCAUGAAUUUACCUUUGAUCAUAUAUUUAACAGCAGUUCCAAGCAAAUAGAUAUAUUUAAUGUUGUGGGACGACCCAUCGUGGAAGAUAUUUUCAAAGGCUACAAUGGCACGAUUUUUGUGUAUGGCCAAACCGGAUCAGGAAAGAGUUACACAAUGAUGGGUCCCAACGAAGAAUUGAAGGGAUACUGCACAGAUACAAAUCUGAAAGGUUUGAUACCGAGAAUAGUGGAAAACAUUUUUGAAAAAGUUGAAAAUUCUGAUCCGGACAUUGAAUUUACAAUUCAAGUGUCAUAUAUUGAAAUUUAUCUAGAGAAAAUUCGAGAUUUGUUGGAUCCAACUCAACAAAAUUUAAAAAUUAAGGAGGACAAAGAGAGUGGACGCGGUGUGUACAUUAAGGGAGCUACGGAGGAGUAUGUGACAAGUAUUGAAGAAGUAUUUUCUCUACUAAAGUUAGGAGCAGGAAAUCGAGUAGUGUCUUCAACUAGAAUGAAUGAUGAAAGUUCUCGUUCUCACAGUAUUUUCAUCUUAACAAUAGGACAAAAGCAUUUGGUUAAUUUGGACUCGAAAAGUGGUAAAUUAUUUUUGGUCGAUUUGGCAGGAAGUGAAAAAGUGAAAAAGACAGGUGCAUCAGGUCAAACGUUAGAAGAAGCAAAAAACAUCAACAAGUCUCUUUCCACCCUUGGAAUGGUCAUUAAUGCAUUGACCGAUGGUGUUUCAAAAUAUGUGCCCUAUCGAGACUCCAAGCUCACCAGACUCCUCCAAGAUAGCUUGGGAGGUAACUCACGAACAACCUUAAUUAUUAACUGCUCACUCAGUGCGUAUAAUGAAGAUGAGACGCUGUCAACGCUUCGUUUUGGAUUCAGAGCAAAAAACAUCAAGAACAAACCAAAAGUCAACCGAGAACUGUCGGCAAAAGAGUUACAAAAGUUACUUGACAAGGCUAAGGAAGAAAUUAAAGAUCUCAAGAAUUACAUAACAGGAUUGGAAGAAGAGUUAAAAAUUUACAAGAAAGGAGGUAUCAAAUCAACUACUCCAAUACCUAUGGUUGAUACGGAAAGCAAUUCUUCCACAACUUCCGAUUCUGAAAUGAAGAGACAAGAAUUGGAGGCUAAAUUGAAUGAAAUUCUUCCAACAAUUUCUCGAUAUAGAGAAAAAUGUUUAAUUUUGGAAAGAGAGCUUGCUGAGGAGAAGAAUGAAAGGAAUAAACUCGUCGAUGAAAAUUCCCAACUUAAGGACGAAAUUAAUCAAGGAAAGGAAGAAAAUAAUGCCCUAGAGGAAUCUUUGACAAGCAUGAAGCAGCAAUUAAAACAAAAGGCUGAGUAUAUGGUAGAGCUUGAGAGCGCUAAGAACGAUUUGCAAAAACUCAUUCAGUUAAAAACAAAUGAAUGUCAAGAGCUUCAAAAUGUUAUUAAGGAAGAAAGAAAUAACAAGGAGUAUCAGUUGAAAGAAAUGGAGUCAGAUCUCAACUCAACCAAGCAACAGAGAGAAAAUUAUAUGAAACAGUUAAACGAAACCAAGAUUCAAUUGUUAACUCUACAAGCAAAACAGGAAGAUCCUUCGUUAGAGCAUGUCAUGCAAUUUUUAGAAAAGAAGUAUAAAAGAGUGCGAAAGCAAGCGAAAAAAGCAAGUUCGACAUCGCAAGAUAUUUCCAUGAAAAAAAGUAAUUCUGCCAACAUCUUGAAAAAGGUUCAAAAAGAUCUUAAGAGUAUCAAGAACGAUUUAGAGGAUGCAAGUGAAUCAGACGAGGAAGUAGAAGAAGAUGAUGAAGAAUCAGAGCAAGAGAUUGAAGAGACCGAAGCACAAAAUAAGAUUGGCGAGACUGUCGAUGAGAACUCUUCUCCAACACCUCAAUUGGUCACCAUUGAGACACAAACUGAACAAAACAGUCCUGAAGAAGAAUAUUUUGAAUUCCCGACCAAUAUAAAUGCCAUUCCGAAUGACAUGAUAAUAGACAAUUCUGCAGAUCAGAAACAGUUGCUGGAGGCAUUAGAAAAAAUUAGGUUAUUGGAAGCAGAGGUGAAAAAAAUUUCCAACGAACGAGAUGCUCUCUUGGGUGAUUUGUCUAAUCGAGUACAGAAGGUUAUCGAGUUGGAAAUGUUGUUAGAUGAUGUAUCUGAUAAGUACAAUACCCUAUCGAGCCAUAACAUUAUUCGAAAAUACACGAAAAAGAUUGAAUUUUUGGAGAGUAAUGUUGCAUCCAUUACAGCCUCAUUCCAGGAAUUGUACUCUGAGAAUGAAGAGUUAAAGCAUCACAUUAAUUUGUCAGAAAAGAAGAUCAAAAUGAAGGAUGAAAGAAUUAAUGAGCUCACUAAUCAAUUACUCGAGCAAAGUCAAAGAAGCAAGAAAGACGCAGAUGCAUUUGUGGAAGAACGCUCCAAGCUCAACGACAUUAUCACAGCACUUCGAUACGAAAAUGAGGUGUUGAAAAAUGCACAAGUGGGUGCAACGGCACUCUCUUCAUUUACGUUGUCAUCGGAAAAUGAAGCAACAACGUCGUCGUCUUCAUCCAAAGUAAGACGCCCUUUGAGGGGAGGAGGUUCCCUCAUUAAGAAGAAAACCGAUGAGGAUGAAUAUUUCUCGUCACCUGGUUCAACUCAUGAAUUGGACAUUGAGUUAGAGAGUCAAUCCUUGAAGUAUGCCACAGUGAGAGGUACGAAAAACGCUCCUCAACAUCACGUCGCUUCGAACCAUAAGAAAGCAGGCUUUAGCCUUAGGGAUUUGUUCUUUGGUGCCAAAUCUAAAUCAGAGACGAGCAAUAUGGAGCAGUCAUUGAACAACACCCUUGACGACACGAACGACUAA